AUAGUUUAUUACCAUGGGCGUGUCCAGACAUCCAAACGUUUCCCGGUAAUUUAGACGACAGCUAGCAAAAGGCAUUGCAUGUGAGAGGGGCUAGCUGGAAUGGAUCCAAAGAAGCCUCGUUUCCCAGGCCUCCCUGGUGCGACCCGCUUGCCUUGGCUGCAGCAGCAGGCAUGGGGGCGAGGACUGCGGUCAGAUGAGCCAGCAAUAGGACGAGCCAGAGGCCUGCUGUUUGCAGCAGAUGGGUCUGCUGGCUUAGGACGAGCCAGGGGUUUCACCACCCCUGGUGAUACACCGCUUAUGCAGUACGGGAGAGGAGUGCCCUUCCCAGUGAGCGAGCCCUCCAUUGGCUUUGCCAGGGGGAUACCCAUGCCUACAUCAGAAGAUGGUGGACUUAGCCGCGCUAGAGGGCGGCUUCUCUCGACAGCUGAGCCGACAGUAGGUGUGGCAAGAGGGGCACCCCUUCUUGGUUUGGGGCCUCACCCCGGACAAGCCCCUCCAGGUCAGCCUGAAGAGAUGCCAAGUCUGCAGGCAGAAGAGGAAGUAGUAACCAAGCAGGUGGACAUGCCCACCCAAGGCCAGGGGUCGUCGCUGGUGUCCAUGUUCAGAGGCUUGGGGAUCGAGCCCUCAAAGACCUGGGGCAGGGGAGCGCCGCCAGUGGGGAGGGGUGCUUUUGGAGCAGAGCUCAAACCACAGACAGCCCCUGUUGGAGCGGUGGCAGUCGCCGGCCCGAGUGGAGACGGAUUCCCUGAGGACAUGAUGGGCCAAGGUAGCAGCUUCCUUGGCCGAGGUGUACCAUCUCAGAUGGUAGGAGUGGGGCAAGCAUCGAUGCCCCUCUUGGGUACUGGAAGGGGGCCCACUGUGCCCCCUGCUCUCCCUCCUUGCCCUAUCCCUUCCCAUCCUGUCUCCCCCGAUGCCCCUCUUCCCCCUCCAGCCCCACCCAACGAGGCCCACAUGACUCCAGGUAGCUCUCCAACCAAGGGAAAAAUUAAGAUGGAGGCCACCUGUGAAACAUUGCACAAGACUGGUACCAAAGGAACACCAUUGGCCAUAGGCUCGAACCACAUCACCAUUCGCUGCAGGAACGAGGCAGUCUAUCAGUACCAUGUCACUUUCAUUCCCAAUGUGGAGUCGAUGGGUAUGCGAUUUGGCAUGAUGAAGGACCAUCGCCCCACCACUGGGGAGGUUGUUGCGUUUGACGGCUCAAUUCUCUACCUCCCUGUGAAAAUGGAAGAGGUGGUUCACCUGAAGAGUGAGAGACGAACUGACAACCAGGAGGUUGACAUCAAGGUCCAGAUGACUAAGAUCCUGCCACCCAACUCUGACCUGUGCAUCCCCUUCUACAACGUGGUGCUGAGAAGGGUAAUGAAGAUCCUGGGACUGAAGCUUGUGGGGCGGAAUCAUUACGAUCCAAAAAGCGCAGUCAUACUUGGGAAACAUCGGCUGCAGGUGUGGCCAGGUUACUCGACGUGCAUAAAGCACACUGACGGAGGCCUGUACCUCCAGGUGGAUGUGUCCCACAAAGUGCUGCGAAAUGACUCUGUCCUCGACUGCAUGAACGUGAUCUACCAGCAAAGCAGGGAGAGCUUCCAGGAUGAGUGCACCAAAGAGCUGAUCGGCAGCAUUGUCAUCACCCGAUACAACAACCGCACCUACCGCAUCGACGACAUUGAGUGGGGCAAGUCCCCCAAAGACACCUUCACCAUGGCCAAUGGCUCCACGACCACUUUCGUUGAGUACUACAGCAAAAACUACGGCAUCACCAUAAAAGAGAUGGACCAACCAAUGCUUAUCCAUCGACCCAAAGAGAGGUCCAAGCCUGGGGGAAAGCAAGUCAUAACUGGCGAGAUCCUGCUUCUGCCUGAGCUCUCCUUCAUGACUGGAAUCCCUGACAAAAUGAGAAAGGACUUCCGCGCCAUGAAGGACCUGACGAUGCACAUCAAUGUAAGUAGUGAGCAGCACACUCACUCCCUGAAGCAGCUCCUGAAGAACAUCAACACCAACCCAGAGGCCCAGACGGAGCUGGCACGCUGGGGCCUGGAGAUCAGCCAAGACAUCCUGGUGACUACAGGAAGAAUUCUGCCCCUGGAGACCAUCUGUCUGCAGUCAGCGUCCUUUGUCACCGGAGCUGAUGUCAGCUGGUCCAGGGAGGUUAUCAGAGAUGCUUCCAUCAGUUGUAUCCCCAUGAACUGCUGGGCCAUUUUCUACCCGUGGCGCUGUGCCGAGCAGGCCGAGGAGCUAGUGUCCUGCUUUGGGAAGGUGGCCGGACCCAUGGGCCUGAGGCUGGAUCGCCCCAUCCGCGUGGAGCUGAGGGACGACCGCACCGAGACCUACGUCAAGAGCAUCCACUCCCAGCUCACUAGUGAACCCAACGUGCAGUUGGUAGUGUGCAUCAUGACAGGCAACAGAGACGACCUCUACAGUGCCAUCAAGAAGCUGUGCUGCGUCCAGAGUCCCGUGCCCUCUCAGGCCAUUAACAUCCGGACCAUCUCCCAACCCCAAAAGCUGAGGAGCGUUGCCCAGAAAAUCCUGCUGCAGAUGAACUGCAAACUGGGGGGAGAGCUGUGGACCGUGAACGUCCCUCUGAAACAUCUGAUGGUGAUUGGAGUGGACGUCCAUCACGACACCAGCAAGAAGAACAGAUCAGUCAUGGGCUUCGUCGCCAGCCUGAACAGCCUGCUGACUAGGUGGUACUCCAGAGUGACCUUCCAGAUGCCCAAUGAGGAGAUCAUCAAUGGGUUCAGGGUGUGUCUGCUGGCUGCACUGCAGAAAUACUACGAGGUGAACCAUAACUUCCCGGAGAAGAUUGUGGUAUACCGGGACGGUGUGUCUGACGGCCAGCUGAAGACGGUGGAGCUGUAUGAGAUCCCUCAGCUGCUGAAGUGUUUCGAGACGUUCCCUAACUAUGAGCCCAAGCUGGUGUUCAUCGUGGUACAGAAACGCUCCAGCACCAACCUGUACUCCUGCUCCGGAGGCCGCUUUGGAACACCUCCGCCAGGAACUGUCCUGGACCACACAGUCACCAACAGGGAAUGGGUUGACUUCUACCUGAUGGCGCAUCACAUUCGACAGGGCUGUGGCCUGCCUACACACUACAUCUCAGUCUACAACACAGCAAACCUCUCCCCAGACCACUUGCAAAGGCUGACCUUCAAAAUGUGCCACAUGUACUGGAAUUGGCCCGGGACUAUCCGAGUGCCAGCGCCGUGCAAGUAUGCCCACAAACUGGCCUUCCUGUCGGGCCAGUACCUCCACUCAGAGCCGGCUAUCCAGCUGGCAGACAAGCUCUACUUCCUCUGAUGUGUGCCUCCAUAGCCUCAGCCCCCCUAGAAGGAGCACACCAGUCUGCAGAACAAUUAACAGGUCGCAACAGAGCAAGCCGUGAAGAAGAAAAAUGGAAGGAGGAAAAUAAAUUAGAAAAAGGGGAGGCUUUCAGAUUGACUUUUGGAUCAGAUAAAACCAAAUUUUUGUUUUGUUCAGCAGCCAGUGUUCUCAUGGUAAGAUGAAUCAUUGUCCGACAUAGACA